AUGGUCCGAACACUAGAGCUACCGAUGCUUUCGUUAGCCAUGCCCAAUAUUCAUAAACUGGAUUCCAUCACAACCGAUAGUCUUUCAUGCAUGUGGACAGUAUUUUCAAAAUGUAAAGAAAAUCUUGAAAAUGGCCGUCGUCUAGAAAACCUUAGUUGGCGCCUUUGGUACAGAGAAUCAGUCGUUGCCAAUGAUAGACCAUGCUCAGUAAACGAACCGACUACACCAAUAGACGAACAAGAGUUUGCUUUACCUAGCCCAGCUUCCACAGUUGGACCCUCAAUACCAAUAGACCCAAAACCUUUAAAACAUGUUUCACCAACUUCCUUUAAACGUAUGCUGACCUACCUUGGAUCGCCCACUCAUCAAACACAGCCACAACCUCCAACAACCUUUCUUCCAUUGUCCCUUACACCACCCACCAACUGUAUUUCUUCUGCACCAAUCAUCAAACCUACCUCACUACCUUCACGACCCACCCAGCGUAACAGCAAAUUUUUUAUUCUCUCAAACGAAGACUCUGAAGAUGAAGAUUCCUUUGAAGCAGAAAAAAGUGAUGCUGAUAUUGAUGAAGACAACGAGGACGUUUGGCAGGACGAUGAUGAAUGUGUUACAGUCUCAGAUGACUGCGAAUCCGCUUAUCAACGCGAAUUCAAAAAGCAAAUUGUGCGUUCCGAUAGGCCCAGUUGUCCCUCCCUGCUGUCUCGCCUCCUUGUCAGCCAAUGCACUACCACGCGCCCGAUAAGAAUCACUGCCACCCUUGUAAAACCCUCUGAUAGCACUUCUAAUAGUAUUUCCGAUAGUUUACGAGAUUGCAUUGAUUGGGAACACCGCCAAAACAACUUUAAUGCUAUACUGAACUCACCUAGCACUACCUCAUAUUCAGAAAGCUUCCAAUGGUGGUAA